CAUCUGAACGGACGCACAGCUCUCUUCUCACUUCCAUCGACAGCCUCUCGCCGCUAUCACGCGUUCACGAUGCGACAUAUCGGCCAGCAGAGUCAGAUCUGACGAUGGAAUAUGGACCCUGCGGAGCUGUCAAACUCACUUUGGAUCGCGUUCGGUGAUCACCAUGGCAAUAAUUACGCGUCUGAAAAGCAGCGCGACGUUUGCUGGAGUGCGUGAGGGCGCGCGCUGUGUAAGAUAGUGACCAUCACCGCCGAGUGCUAGCGCGUCCGAGCGUGUGCGUGACUCUCUCACUGUGUGUGUGUGUGAGUGUGUGUGUACGAGAUGUUCAGGCGCGCGUAAACACAUUUCUGCAGUCGCGUAUUUGGGUGCCAUUAGGUGAAGCGGCGCCGGCUGUUGCGCAUCCUGUCGGUGGAGACCCGGUGUGGAUUGGGUGGUUCCGCAUUUUGAGGGAGCUCCCCCGCCUCGCACAGAGAGACCACCCGGAUUCUGCAGAGGAAUGCCUCAACACGGAGCGGUGGAGCGUCUUCAAGUUGCGUCGAUCCGGGUAUCGGAGAAGUGCAGCGGGCGACUGCAUAGACAGACCGGGCACGCAGCAUCACGUUAAAGGCCUGGACCGGAGCCAGUCGUGACUUUUUGCCAAGCGACAUAAACACGCACCCCAUCGCGUUUGAGUUGCGUUGGACGCUCGCCCUCCGCGCAACAGCUGCAAGUUGGUGCCAGCAGGUGCAAAACCUGACUUGAGCAUCCAUCUAUCUAUCUAUCUAUCUAUCUAUCUAUCUAUCUAUCUAUCUAUCUAUCUAUCUAUCUAUCUAUCUAUCUAUCUAUCUAUCUAUCUAUCUAUCUGAACACAAACAUACCUUGAGGAUUCUGAUAAACUGAGCGCAGAAGUGAGCUGGUCAGCAUGCAGGUGUCAUUUGCCUGUACGGAGCACAAUCUGAAGAGCCGCAGUGAGGACCGGCUGUGCGGCCUGAGAACUGCCCCUCCACCAGGGGGCAGCAGCGGUGGAGGAGGAGAAAGAGGACAGGGGGGAAAUGGCAACUAUGCCCCUCAGAGCUCAGUCAAAACGCGGGACGCGCCGGGGUCCCGCCCCCUGCCCCAAGGCCACGCCCAUAUGAAGGAGGCAAUUGGACGACACAGUAGCAUGAAAUACAGAAACCUUGGGAAAUCGGGUCUACGUGUUUCUUGUUUGGGUCUCGGCACCUGGGUGACGUUUGGAUCUCAGAUCUCUGAUGAGAUGGCGGAGAAUCUGAUGACGAUAGCCUACGAGAAUGGAGUGAAUCUGUUCGACACAGCAGAAGUUUAUGCGUCCGGCAGGGCUGAAAUCACUUUAGGGAACAUCAUUAAGAAGAAAGGCUGGAGACGGUCCAGUUUUGUAGUAACGACUAAGAUCUACUGGGGCGGACAGGCAGAGACAGAGAGAGGCCUGUCCAGAAAACACAUCAUAGAAGGUCUCAGAGGUUCCCUGUCUAGACUCCAGCUGGAUUACGUGGAUAUUGUCUUUGCCAACCGGAGUGAUGUGAACAGCCCUAUGGAAGAGGUGGUACGUGCCAUGACGUUUGUUAUAAACCAGGGUAUGGCCAUGUACUGGGGCACAUCACGCUGGAGCGCCAUGGAGAUCAUGGAGGCGUACUCUGUAGCGAGGCAGUUUAACUUAAUCCCGCCGGUAUGUGAACAGGCCGAGUAUCACUAUUUCCAGAGGGAUAAAGUGGAGGUGCAGCUGCCAGAGCUUUACCACAAGAUCGGUGUCGGAGCGAUGACUUGGUCUCCUCUAGCAUGUGGUUUGAUCACUGGAAAAUACAGCGAUGGGGUUCCCGACUGUUCAAGAGCCGCAAUGAAGGGCUAUCAGUGGCUGAAGGAGCGCGUCUACAGUGAAGAAGGACGCAGACAGCUGGCAAAAAUCAAAGAGCUCCAUCUGGUGGCCGACAGGCUGGGCUGCACGGCUGCUCAACUGGCCAUUGCAUGGUGCUUGCGUAGUGAAGGCGUCAGCUCUGUGCUUCUUGGUGUCUCCAAUACAGACCAACUCCUUGAGAACCUCGGAGCCCUGCGGGUGCUGUCUCAGAUGACUCCUCAGACCGUGAGCGAGAUCGAUGCUCUCCUGGGCAACAAGCCUCACUCCAAGAAAGAGUCCCGCGCGUGAGGGAACCGGAGGACCACAUGAACAUGAAGUGCAACCAGAAAGGACAAGGAGAGAACACAAGGGGAAAAAGACGGAUCACGGCGAACCAUGGCUUUUCUGCUCUCCCGUAUAUUACAACACCUGCAUGCCUUCUGCAACAUGCUUCCAGCCCAUACCGCACUGCUCUCUGUAACCCUUCUCAAAUAUCCAGCAUAACCUACCAAUCAAACACGGCUGUCCGCAACAUCACCAACUUUUACAUUUUGCUCAUUCAGAGAGGUUUCGGUCUUCCAGGAGGAAGCACUGCCGUUUGUUGGAGGCCAGUGAGAAAUUCGGCAUUAUCAGCAGCCCAGAUGGAUUCUCUGUGAUGGAAUGAAGCUAUAUUUUUAUCGGCAGCUGGAAGCGUUAUCGAAUUUGCCAAAUAUUUAUCAAACAAACCUGCGCUGGGUGAAUGAUGUGCGAUCAUGAUGGGCGUUCUGUGCAGAUUUUUGUUGCGGGGGCCUGGUUGUGCGUAUGCAUGCGGUGACACUUUGAAUCCGACUCUCCAUUGCUGGUGUUGCACUCAUAAAAUGGACGCCGGGUAGACUUUACACGUGGGAGGAUGUUUCGUCCCGUUUGUUGGGGCGUCCGUUCACUGCCUGUCACAUUUCAUUCUGGCGGUGCAAGAGAGCGUGGCAAAGACUCCAGCGUGUGACGGGAAACAACAUGCAGCAACUUCAAACAGCUGUUUGGACACAUCACAAGUCUUCCUCCAUUUCCCUCCUUUCCAUCUCUCCUUGUGUUUACAAAGGUGCACCUGUCCCUUUAAGAGAACCUGUGCAGGCGGGGGAGGGGCGUGCGAGUGUGUUCAUGGUACCUUGCAAAUAUAUUCAGACCCUGGCAAAUUCACUUAGGCCGUGUGCACAUGUGCACAGGCAUUUUUAUAAAUGGAGUUUUCUCCGCUUGCCUUUUUAAAUAAAAUCUCCGUCCACAUGACAUGACGCAUGUUAAGGGCACACCAAACCAACAGGGGGCGAUAAUCACACUUUUAUGCUGGGUUCACACCAAAUGGGGAAGUAUUUUCGCAAGUAAAUUGCAUACAAGUUAGGGCUGGGCGAUUAAUCGAAAAGUCAUCGACAUUCAGAACCUAUAAUGGAUCUAAUUCUGCCAGGUCAAUUUUUUCAAUUACUUUCCCUACCGUGUGUGGAGUCAUGUGACCCCGUACUGUUAAGGCUGAAUUAUAUUUAUUAUAUUAUGAUUUAUACUUAUUAUAUUAUUAUGAUAUUAUACUUCUGCCAAAGGCACAUGUACAGACACAUCUACACAACUUUGGACGUGAAAGGAGGUGUGCGUGAUUCCUAAAGCCACGGUCACACUGCACUUUUCACCCCAUUGACUUCCAUUCAUACGCAUGUGAAUGCUGCAGACCGGAACGCAAGCUUGUGCGAUAAGUUUCGCAUGCGGAUGCUUUCCAAAGUUCAAGCUUGAUGAACUUAAUUCACUUGAAUUAAGAGACCAAAAGAACGGAAAAAAAAGACUCAAAAAAAAAAAAAAACGUGACCUGUUUGUACAGAAAUGUAAAAUAUGGAUGAGUCGCUCGUUUUAUAGGUGUUGCAUCUUCUUGUUUUAUCCUUUCAAAGCGCCAUCUGACAGAAUUUCGCAUGCGCAAAUACUAGCGUGAUCGCGGCUUAAGUCACUUUAAUUAUUAAAACAAGCAAGAAAAAGUCAUAGUCUUAGACUUUAGGGACCAAAGCAGGAUAGACCAAGAGCAUAAUCAUGUCUUGAACUUUUUUUUUUGUACAAAUAUUAUUAUUUUUACGUGACAGAAAUAAUAUUUUUAUUUUUUUGCCUAAUGUUUCAAAUGUAAAACUGAAAAAAUACUUUAUAUUCAGUCCUACUCCAUGAAGUACAACCUAUAUUUUGUAUUCAAAAUGACACAUUGUUGAGUAGACUGCAUCGCUGCAUCUAACGUUUGGUUGUUUUCACCAUUAAAAACCAAGGCAAUGUCCACACUACGUGAAGUUUAUUUAUAAACUAAUUUCGAGAGGAUCACGUGCUUAUGAUUGCUUGCAGCCGGUCCCGCAUUAUUCAAUUUAUGAUUCACCAAUCAGACGAUUCCUAAGCCAUUAUAAAUACCCUAAGUUCCAUAUGACAGCCAUCUUUGUUUUGAAGAAUCCCCCCUUUCAACCUCUACUCCUCCUCCUUUCCUAGAUGAGUAGCACGGUGGCCCACGGUUAGCACUGUUGCCUCACUGCAAGAACGUCACUGGUUCUAUUCCUUACCAAGCCAGCCAACGUUUCUGUGUGGAGUUUACACGUUCUCUCCCGGGUUCCCCGUUUUCCGCCCACCGUCCAAAAACAUGCAACUUAAGUUAAUUGACUAGUCCAAAUCGGCACCAUAGACAUGCACCUAGUAAGUAAUUAACUCUUAAGAGCAAUCACUAUCUGUUCACUAGCUACUACAGCAGGGGAGUUCUCGAGAUCUACCUGAGCUCAAACUCCCUUCUCACCUUGCAAACAGGAGGGAGCCCCGGGCUCGAGGAUGUUAUGAGCUCAGGGCUCUCUCUCAGGACAGCAUGCCAAACAAGCUUUAUUAUCAAUCUUCAGCUAAGCGUGAACUCUUGAAUAAGUUUUUGUUUAAAAUGCAUAUUUUUCACUCCAUUUUGGCCUUCCUUUCAAACUAAGGCAGUCUUUUCUGAUUGCUACUUAAUGUACAAGUAGCUAAUACAUACUCAUUCAGGAUCUGGCGGACGUGCAACAACUUUAAUCAUAAGAUAAACAGGUUGUGUGGGAUUAGUCAGAAGUUUCUCUGCAUUACAAUGUUGCAGGGAAAGCAGAUUGUGACGUCAGUGUUAGAACUGAGCAAUGAGCUGAUCAGGUUAUUGCUAGAAAGGAUACAGCUGUGGCUGGAAGUUACCUAGAAUUAUUUAUUAAAUUACCCAUUAACUUUAUUAACAUCAACCCAACCCUAAAC